UUUACCGUCAGAAGUGAAUCAACUAGUGAACUGUGCGAAUCAAAGUAAACCAAGCGUUUCUACACUAUAUUCUAUAUCUAUACCUAUACUGUAAUAUACAGUGCAUUUAAAGUUUUUUAAUUCAAUUGUGUUAAGUGAUUGUUAUUUAAAAAAUAAUGUCUCUAAUUCCAUUCAUCUUUCAAGACGUUUUAAGCGAUCCAUGGGCAAGACCAUCUCGCCUACAUGAUCAACAUUUUGGAUUGGGAUUACGAAGCGACGAUUUAUUGGAGCCAUUUGUAGUACCAUCGAUGUUAAGUCGAAAUUAUUAUCGACCAUGGCGUUCUGCUUUGGCUAAAUUGGAUCAAGGAUCUACUGUAGUGGCUGACAAAGAAAAAUUCCAAGUAUCAUUGGAUGUACAACAAUUUGCUCCAAAUGAAAUUCAAGUAAAAGCCAUCGAUGAUAAUCACAUUAUUGUGGAGGGUAAACAUGAAGAGAAACAAGAUGAACAUGGUUACAUUUCAAGACAAUUUACCAGACGAUAUGUGUUACCAGAAGGUUAUGAUGGUAAAAAUAUAGCUUCUAGUCUCUCUUCAGAUGGUAUUUUAACAAUAUCCGCACCAAAGUUGGCAAUUGAAGGUUCAGCAGGUGAACGAGCAAUUCCAAUUACGCAAACUGGUCCAGUAAGAAAAGAAAAUAAAUCAGUCGAGGAGAAAAAGAAAUAAAUUUGUAAUUUAAUUCUACACUU